GGCCGGGACCCUAGGGUGUCUGGGCUGCUGGGUCAAUGUGGGGAGGGGCGGGGGACUCGCGAAGCGCUGCGAUCCGGUCGGCUGCUAGCAGCCCGGAUCCCCAGCCUGGCUCCCGGUCCAGCCCCACUCAGAGGGGAGGCUGGCGAGGCCUCCCUACCUCAACCUGCAGUCUCGCUUGGAAGUCGGGUGACUGGACGUGGGGAUGGUGGUGGGACCCCUUGAUUGCAGCGGCCUCGGCGCCCUUGUUCCUGCGGUCUUGAGGGUCUGGACCGCUGGAGAAAGGGAGGAGAAACGUUAGGACGGUCCCUUUCGCCAGACGUGCUCCUCUGGGAUAGGCUCACACUCUAGGUGUUGUGUCCACGUUGGGGGAAGGACCUUUCAGAAAAAAGGAACAAAGUCGGCCCUGGGGUGUGAACGACUGAGGUUUUUGCUUGUUUUUGUUUUUGGUCGAAAUGUACUCUGAGGAAAGUAGGACGGACACUUCUCUGCCACCUGCGUGAAAACUUCUUGACGUAUGGAUGGGUUAAACAGUUAACUGUACUUUGCUUUGCAGAGCCCUUUUUACUGUAAAGGAGAAGAGAUCCGUUAAAAGUGUCAUAAUGUUUUUAGGCACAAGGGACUCAGUAAAAGUGGUACCUCCCCUCUUCAUACACAGGAAGAUCUCCAUUCAGCAAAUGUUUUAUGAGUACUUGCUUUUUGCCAACAUUGUUCUAAGUGCAGGGAACAGAGCCAACAGCUAAGAAAAGAGGAUCUUUGCUUGCAGGGAGCUUAUGUUCUGGUUGUCAAAUAAAUGUAAUUUCCUUUUAUGUUUUUUUUUUUACUGGAAUGUAACAUAUGUACCAUAAAAUACUCUACACCAAUCCUAAGUUGUAACUUGCUGAUUAUGGUAAAGAAAAUGCAUCUUUUAGCCACCACUCGGAUCAAGAAGCAGAACAGUCACAGCUUCUUCUGAGAAGACCUCCCUGGAAGACCUCUCCCAAUCACCAUCCUCUCUUUUCUCUGUAAAGGCUACUUCAUAGACAUAAAGAUCAAUAUUUAACUGGAAAGGAAGCAUCACUUAAAAUUCUCUCAAACUCCUAAUUCCAGGGAAUUGAUAACAUUUCUCUGAUGAAGAAAAGAAGUGCUACUGACUGCGUGUUAAAAGUAUUCUGGCACUGGUCCUGUUUUUUCCCCUCCCUAGAUUUGAAGAAAAAUUAUGGAGAAAUGGCACUUGAUGACAAUUGUGGUCUUAAUAGGACUAACAGUACGGUGGACAGUUUCUCUUAAUUCUUAUUCAGGUGCUGGAAAACCCCCUAUGUUUGGUGAUUAUGAAGCUCAGAGACACUGGCAAGAAAUUACUUUUAAUUUACCCAUCAAACAAUGGUAUUUUAACAGUAGUGAUAACAAUUUACAAUAUUGGGGAUUGGAUUAUCCACCUCUUACAGCCUAUCAUAGUCUUUUAUGUGCAUAUGUGGCAAAGUUUAUAAAUCCAGACUGGAUUGCUCUCCAUACAUCACGUGGAUAUGAAAGUCAGGCACAUAAGCUCUUUAUGCGUGCCACAGUGUUAAUUGCUGACUUGCUGAUUUAUAUACCAGCAGUAGUUUUAUACUGUUGUUGUUUAAAAGAAAUCUCAACUAAGAAAAAGGUUGCUAAUGCAUUAUGCAUAUUGCUGUAUCCAGGCCUUAUUCUUAUCGACUAUGGACAUUUUCAGAACAUAUAUAAUUCUGUGAGUCUUGGCUUUGCUUUGUGGGGUGUUCUUGGAGUAUCUUGUGACUGGGACCUGCUAGGCUCGUUGGCAUUUUGCUUAGCUAUAAAUUAUAAACAGAUGGAACUUUACCACUCUUUGCCAUUUUUUUGCUUUUUACUCGGCAAGUGUUUUAAAAAAGGCCUGAAAGGAAAGGGGUUUGUAUUGUUAAUUAAGCUAGCUUGUACAGUUGUAGCUUCCUUCAUUCUCUGCUGGCUGCCAUUCUGUACAGAAAGGGAGCAAACACUGCAAGUUCUAAGAAGACUCUUCCCAGUUGAUCGUGGAUUGUUUGAGGAUAAAGUAGCCAAUAUUUGGAGCAGCUUCAGUAUCUUUCUGAAGAUCAAGGAAAUUUUGCCACACCACUUCCAGAUAAUAAUCAGCUUUUGUUUUACAUUUUUGAGCCUGCUUCCUGCAUGUGUAAAAUUAACACUUCAGCCCUCUUCCAAAGGAUUCAGAUUUACUCUGGUUAGCUGUGCACUAUCAUUCUUUUUAUUUUCUUUCCAAGUACAUGAAAAGUCCAUUCUCUUGGUAUCAUUACCAGUCUGCUUAGUUUUAAGUGAAAUUCCUUUUAUGUCUACCUGGUUUUUACUUGUGUCAACAUUUAGUAUGCUACCUCUUCUACUGAAGGAUGAACUCCUAAUGCCCUUAGUUGUGACAACGAUCGCAUUUUUUAUAGCUUGUGCAACUUCCUUUUCAAUAUUUGAAAAGACUUCUGAAGAAGAACUUCAGUUGAAAUCCUUUUCCCUUUCUGUUAGGAAAUAUCUUCCAUGUUUUACAUUUCUUUCCAGAAUUAUACAAUAUUUGUUUCUUAUCUCAGUCAUCACUAUGGUACUUCUGACACUGAUAACUGUCACACUGGAUCCUCCUCAGAAAUUACCGGACUUAUUUUCUGUAUUGGUUUGUUUUGUAUCCUGCUUACAUUUCCUGUUCUUCUUAGUCUACUUUAACAUUAUAAUCAUGUGGGAUUCCAAAAGUGGAAGAAACCAGAAGAAAAUCAACUAGGUACAUCUGCAAACACGUGAAAAUAUUAACAGUGCUUAAACGGUUUUUGAACUUUUUGCUGUGUAUAAAUAAAAUUAUCAUUUUGAGGAUCAUGGAAUUACAGGAAAAAGAUGGUGAAAAGUCAUUGUUGUCUAUACAAAAUAAAUCUAUAUGGGAUCCAAGCCCAGUGGAGGCUUUUAUUUUCUAACUAUUGAGUGGCCAAGACAUACUGUAGUUUUAUAAUACUCAGUUAUCCAAGUGGGAAAAUAAGAGAAAAUGCCCUUAAUCCCAGUAUUUACUCAGGAAAUAUACAAGUUGUUGUCUUAAAGAAAAUCUGCAAAUCCAGUGAACUUACUGGGAGAAUUUAACCCUUCUUUUUAAAGGAAAUUACUAAUUUUGGUAUUUAAAUUUCAUUUUCCUUCCUUGGAAUACAAGUAAUGUGUAUUCAUUCUUUAGAUAUCUAUCUCAGGGUUUAAAUUUGUGACAAUCUUUUAAAUGACUGUAGGAAGGCAAUUUAAACUGCUUGAAGUUUGAACAUGCCUCAUUACAUGGUACAAAUUUGAAUUUCUUUUUAACAGGCAGAGAGGUUAAACCAUGUUAUUUUUUCCAAAAUGCCGAUUUACUUAAAUGCAAUUUAACAGUGAAUUUUCUUGAAUUUAAAUCUAAGUGGUUUGAGUGAUGUCUUUUUAAUUACUCAUGAUCACUAGUUCUAAACUUCCAGGAUCAUUCUAAGUUAAAUGGUCUUAUGCAGGAUUUCAUCCUUCUGAUCUUUUUAUUGUUGUUGUUGUGAUGUGGUUCAGGAUAACCACUUCCAUAGCAUUGAUUCAUAUCAUGUUUCAUAUUGACUUGGCUCUGUUAAUAAUGUAUCAUUCUAUAUUAGGAGAAGCUCAUCUUUACUAUCAUAUUCAAUUGGUAAAAAUGUAUCAUAUCGAUGUUAUAGUUUCUUAUGCAAAGAUGUGUUGUCUAGAUGUGUUGUCUUUACUCUGUGAUAAGAAUAAAACAAUUAUUUUCACAUCAA